CGUGUCAUCCGAUAUUCCGACUAUGUUGUAGAUGUAGAUGAGGGCCAUCUCGGUUCCAUGUUUUCCCUCUUUGACAAAUGACACUUCAUGCUUCCCGCCCUGUUGGUGUCCUCGAGAGAGGAGGGGACCUUACUGAGUCUGAAACAUCCUGUCUAAUGUGUCUCAUGACUCGUUUCCGGACCAACCGUUAGAUGAAGCAGAACAUUUUUUUUUUCGUUCCUCCCUCAACCCCACUAUUACACGAUGCUUCUACAAACGAUGGUGCUACGACGGUGUGGCGGAGAUUAAUUUUCUUUCUACGUUUUUUUUUUGUCUUCCAGAUAACGACCAGCAGUAGCAGAAGCGAACGUGGCUGUUGGGGCCACUUCAACGACUGAUCCAACCAACCAACCAACCCACGGACGCUUUCCAGCAACGCACACAGGCAUCCAGCUUAGGAACAAUCCCUAUAUCUUCCACACGCAUCUCCGGCUUCUUCUCAUCCAGCUCGACGACCCCAGCUCAUCUCCAUCCACCAUAGGUCCUGCCGGGCAAAGAUGAAGUUUUCAAUUCCGCUCCCAGGUGGCGGCACUGGAUUGACACUCUUCUCGAAACUAGUCCGAACCAAGGACCUCCGUAAGCUUCAGGGCGAAGAUCCGAAAAGUACAAAGCCAAAACUAACGAAAUGUCUAACCACACUCGACCUAACCUCACUCGGAGUGGGAUCGUGCUGUGGUACCGGUAUGUAUCUAGUCGCUGGUAUGGUAGCGAGAAACAUAGCUGGUCCCGGUGUAGUGCUUAGUUUUAUCAUAGCGGCAAUAGCUAGUAUAUUUUCAGGAGCCUGUUAUGCGGAGUUUGGCGUCCGAGUGCCACACACGUCCGGGUCGGCGUACAUGUACUCCUACGUCUCGGUGGGAGAAUUCGUGGCGUUCGUCAUCGGAUGGAACAUGAUAUUAGAAUAUUUAAUUGGUACGAGCGCGUGUGCCUGUGCACUGAGUGCAAGCUUCGAUUCGCUUUCCGGAGGUGCCAUCAGUAGAAGCAUAGCUUCCGCCGUGGGGACCAUAUUUGGUCGGCCGCCGGAUUUUAUCGCAUUCGGCAUCACCCUGGUGAUGACCUGUGUGCUGGCGCUGGGUGCCAGCAAAUCGGUGCUCUUCAACAACGUCCUCAACACGGUCAACCUGGCCUCGUGGGUGUUCAUCCUGACGGCGGGGAUGUUCUACGUCGACACGGCCACAUGGAACGAACACGAAGGCUUCCUGCCGUACGGGUGGAGUGGGGUGUUUACCGGAGCAGCCACCUGUUUCUACGCCUUCAUCGGGUUCGACAUAAUUGCCACUACGGGCGAGGAAGCGCACAACCCCCAGAAGAGCAUUCCGAAGGCAAUCGUGGGCUCACUGGUGAUUGUGUUGUUCGUGUAUGUCACCAGUAGCUUUAUCCUGACGCUCACAGUUCCUUACGACCACAUCGACACCGGUUCGGCGCUGGUACAGAUGUGGACCUACGUGGGAGCCCCGAAGUGUCGUGCCCUGGUGGCGCUGGGUGCCACGGCCGGCCUCAGUGUGGCCAUGUUCGGUUCCAUGUUCCCUAUGCCUCGGGUGAUAUAUGCAAUGGCGCAGGAUGGGUUGGUCUUCCGGAUGCUGUCGCAGCUGUGGACCCGAACCGGAGUGCCUGGAAUAGCAACGAUUGGCAGUGGACUGGCUGCCGCUUUGGUGGCGCUGACCGUGCGGCUGGAAGUCCUGGUGGAGAUGAUGUCGAUUGGCACGUUGUUGGCUUACACGCUGGUAUCGACCUGUGUGCUGAUUCUACGCUACCAACCGCACAGUACAACGUUGGUGGAUUUAUUGCCGGCACAGCUGCGAACACCACAACCACCGAGCACACCGGACCCCACGACGCAGCAGCGAGUGAAAGGAAACGUGCUGGUGAAGAAGAUCACCAGGGGGUCGCCCGAUUCGGAUGACAGCUUUGCCGAUGACAGUCCGGAUGGUUUCAUGGGGCGGGAUGAUCAGUUCCUGGUAUCGGACAAGUCCGAGAAUAAGUUUUAUGGUGCUGUCCACGGUGCUCCUCAGGGUGGUUCGAAUCCAUUCACGCUGUGGGGUUUCAGCUACAUCGGUCGGAAGAUCGAGCAAUACUCAUAUCUAUGUCCGGGUCUGUUUCCAUGGGUGAACCCGGGACCAGCGACGCACGAAAGCGGUAUGUUCGUGACGAAAAUGGUCGGCCUGAUGUACGCGUGUAUAUUCUUUCUGGAUCUGUUCAUGGCGAUCGGUAUUACGGGUACGUUCUUCUCCUUAGUUUACACUGCCUUGGUGCUAGGAAUCUUGUGCAUCCUGUUCAUCAUCUCGCGACAACCCCAGAAUCGAUACGCACUCCCCUUCCUGACGCCGGGACUUCCAUUCAUUCCGACGAUUGCCAUCACCGUCAACAUCUAUCUGAUAUUUAAGCUAAGCAUACUGACGCUGGUCCGGUUCACGGUCUGGAUGUCGCUGGGACUGAUCAUGUACUUCUACUACGGAAUCACGCACAGUUCGCUGGAGAAUCCGAGCGAAGAGUUUGAGCUGACGGUGGACGGCAACGGGCAACAGCCGCCUGCCGGUCAGAAGACCAAUCUGAAAGUUCCUUCCCAGAGUAGUAGUAAUCACCGGGAGCAGACGGCGGUGUGGGACCGACACGGGUACGAGAAUCGAAUGGCGACCAACGACGACGGAAGCGAACUGCAGUGGGGUACGAGCAAUAGCAGUUGGAACCCCAACGAUGCGUGGAGUGAUACGACGAUCUACGAUCCGCCCCGUCAACAGCCAGCUCCAGUGCCGCAGCGCUCGUCGCAUCAGUACGAAUCGACCAACAUUUUCCAGCCUCCGCCGACGCAACAGCGACCCGAGGCGAAAAAGGAUGGCUUCGGGAUGUUCUACCAGGAAACCCCCAGCUAUCCCACGUGGGACGACUAAGCGACCAAUGAGCUCGAAUGCACGUUACCGACUCGGAGAGAGCAUCCGGAGGACUGAAAAAGCUGUACAACUCACGGGAAAGCAAUCAUCAGCCCAUCGUCAUCAUUAUCUGUUGUGUGCGGUUAUUAUCAUCACAUCAUAUAGGUUUUUGUCCUUGUCGUUUUCAGUCUUCUAAGCAUCAUAUUAGCAUUCUGCAUACAGCAGCAAAUACACAAACACGAGACAGCCAUCAACAGCAACAGCUGCAAGCGCGCAACAUGUGCGGUUUUCCAUCUAGAAUCAUUAGUCACGUCACGAGAUACACGAGAUGAGGCACAUACAAAGUUGCGUUCAACGGGAAUGGGGGACAAAGAGGGUUUGAGAUUUGCUGUUAUGUGGGAAAGGGUUAUUUGUAGCUUUGAUUUUAUGCUACAGUCAGUGUUAUCUAACGGCGCAUAAGAGGCAAUUGUAAUACGUGGUGUUCAUUGGUUGCAAUAGGCUUUCACGGUAUGUUGAAUUUCCUCUUCUUCUCGUGCUUGAUUUAAUAUUUCAAUAGAUUUUUGUUGUAACUUGGGAACCUAUGAGCUUGUACGAGCUUGUACCUUAGCACGCGUCGCCCGAUAAUUAAGAGUGCUGGCAGGUCCUCUUCGAGCAUGGUCCAUGUCUCGUGCACGUAGAGGACCACCGGUCUUAUUAGCGUUUUGUACAUGGUGCAUUUGGUGCGUGGGUGAAUCUUUUUCGACCGCAGUUCCUUCUGGAGCCCGUAGUAGGCCCGACUUCCGCUGAUGAUACGCCUCCGAAUUUCACGGCUCACGUUGUUGUCAGCCGUCAGUAAGGAUCCGAGGUAGACGAAUUCCUCCACCACCUCGAAAGUAUCCCCGUCUAUCGUAACAUUACUACCCAGAUGGAUCUGGUCGUGUUCGGUUCCGCCUACCAGCAUGUACUUUGUUUUUGAGACAUUCACCACCAGUCCGACCUUUGCUGCUUCGCGUUUCAGGCGGGUGUACAGCUCUGCCACCGUUUAAAAAUGUUCAGGCGAUAAUGUCCAUGUCGUCCGCAAAGCACACAAAUUGACCGGAUUUUGUGAAAAUCGUUCCCCGGCUGUUGAGCCCGGCACGUCGCAUCACACCUUCCAGAACGAUGUUGAAGAGUAGGCAAGAGAGUCCGUCACCUUUUCGCAGUCCCCGACGAGAUUCGAAUGAACUGGAUAGUUCACCCAAAACCCUUACGCAGUUUUGCACGCCGUCCAUCGUUGCUUUAAUCAGUCUAGCCAGCUUCCCAGGAAAGCCGUUUUCGUCCAUGAUUUCCCAUAGCUCUGCGCGGUCGAUACUGUCGUAUGCCGCUUUGAAGUCGAUUAACAGGUGAUGCGUUGGGACCUGGUAUUCACGGCAUUUCUAAAGGAUUUGCCGUACGGUAAAGAUCUGGUCCGUUGUCGACCGGCCGUCGAUUAAGCCAGCCUGAUAACUUCCCACGAACUCAUUCGUUUUAGGUGACAGACGACGGAAGAUGAUCUGGGAUAGCACUUUGUAGCCAGCAUUCAAAAUAGUGAUCGCCCUGAAGUUCUCACAUUCCAAAUGGUCACCUUUCUUGUGAAUGGGGCAGUUUACCCCUUCCUUCCACUCCUCCGGUAGCUGUUCGGUUUCCCAGAUCCUGACUAUCAGCCGAUGCAGACAGAUGGCCAACUUUUCUGGGCCCAUCUUGAUGAGUUCAGCUGCGAUACCACCAUCUUUACCAGCUGCUUUGUUAGUUUUGAACUGAUGAACGGCAUUCUUAACUUCCCUCAGCGUGGGAGUUGGUUCAUUUCCGUCCUCCGCUGCACUGGUGUCGUCGUUUCCUCCGUUGCCGUGGUCUCCCGUGCCUACGUUCUCCACGCCAUUCAGGUGCUGAUCGAAUUGCUGCUUCCACCUUUCGAUCACCUCACGUCCGUCCGUCAAGAGGCCUCCGUCCUCAUCCCUGCACAUUUCGGCUCGCAGCACGAAGCCGUUGCGGGAUGCGCUGAGCUUCUGGUAGAACUUCCGUGUUUCAUGGGAACGGGACAGCAAUUCCAUUUUUUCGCACUCCGCUUCUUCCAGCCGGCGCUUUUUCUCCCGAAAGAGGCGGGUCUGCCGUUUCCGCUUCUGUUUGUAACGUUCCACGUUCUGUCGGGUCCCUUGCUGCAGCAUUACCGCCCGCGCUGCGUUCUUCUCCUCCAAAACCGUUCUGCACUCUUCGUCGAAUCAUUCGUUCCAUCGAUUCCGUUCCACGUCCCGAUGGUGCUCUCGGCGGCGUCGCUGAUGGCUGCUUUCACUGUACUCCAGCAGUCUUCUAGAGGGGCCUCAUCUAGCUCGCCCUCGUCUGGCAACGCGGCCUCGAGAUUCUGCGCGUAUGCUGAGGCGACAUCCGGUUGUUAUACCGUGGCGGUCGCCGGUACCGUACAUUGUUGAUGACGGAGAGUUUUGGGCGCAGUUUGACCAUCACCAGAUAGUGGUCGGAGUCGAUGUUGGCGCCACGAUAGGUCCUGACGUCCAUAAUGUCGGAGAAGUGCCGUCCGUCAAUCAGAACGUGGUCGAUUUGAGAUUCCGUCUGCUGUGGUGAUCUCCUGGUGUAACGAUAAGGGAGGCUGUGUUGGAAAAAGGUGCUACGUAUGGCCAUAUUUUUGGAGGCGGCGAAAUCAAUGAGUCGUAGGCCGUUUUCGUUCGUCUGCUGGUGGGCGCUGAACUUUCCAAUCUUCGGUCUGAAUUCCUCCUCCUGGCCUACCUGAGCAUUUACAUCUCCUAUGAUGAUCUUAACAUCGUGGCUUGGACAGCGAUCGUACUUGCGUUCGAGCUGCGCGUAGAAUGCGCCGUUGUCAUCAUCAGUGCUUCCUGAGUGUGGGCUGUGACGUUUAUUAUGCUGAAGUUGAAGAAUCGACCCUUGAUCUUCUAUCUGCACCAACCGAUCACUCGCCUCUGCAUAUCACCCAUCACGAUGAAAGCUGUUCCCAGCUCGCGUGUGUUGCCGGCGCCCUGGCGGAUGGUAUGAUUACCUCUAAACGUUCGCACCAUGGAUCCUGUCCAACACACCUCCUGCAGCGCUACAAUGCCGAACCCGCGGUCCUUCAGUAGAUCGGCGAGUAUGCGGGUGCUCCUAAUGAAGUUGAGAGAUCGGCAGUUCCACUUACCGAGUUUCCAAUCGCAAAUCCUUUUUGUUCGCUGGGGUCGUUGCCGUUGGUCUCGGUUCGUAUUAUUCUGUUGCUGUUUUUCCGUUAAAAUGGUUUUUUUACGGCUGGCUCGUAGGGCCUGACACCAAUCCCCUACUUUCCGGAGGACCAUAGUGCACCGUUGAGCUUAGAGUCCUUCCCUGGCACUCGGACGUUGAUCAGCCGCCCCUAACAUGAGGAUCAGACGCUGUUGUGAGCCGCUCCUCCUGGAGUACAGACGCUCAGGUUUGUCGAAGCAAACCCCCCCAACCCCCCUUCCCUGUCAGCCUACGACCAAAGUUCCCACCGGGGUUGGUUACCCGAUCUUCCCUAAGGUUGCUCAUAGUUUCAGGCCGGUACCACGAGGAGUUAGGGAUAGGAGUUGCUGGGCAGAGGCUAGUGGAUCACAAUGGGAUCUGUAUUGCGCAGCAUACCCAGCCUUUACCGUGCCACAUUGCGUACAAGAUCAUUGAUAGAGGGCCCAGAGGGCCUGAGUGGGUUCCAGUAAAGUUUUUGAAGAUACUUUGAUUCCCUGUGGGGUUUAGUGUUAAGGAUAUUCUUAAUAUCAGGUCCGAGAAGCUUUUACUGCUAUUUUUGUAGUAUUUCAAUACAAACUCUAUAUCUCUUCAUAAGUUAAACGUAGCUUUGUUCUGACACUGUUUCUCAUCAUCAUAUCCGUGAUUGUACACACAUAGCUCUACGACGGAAAACCGAUACUCCCUAAUCCUCCUCGACGGCGCAAGUUUUCCAUGUGAUAUUCUCCAGUGAACUGAAGUGAAAUGGUACAUAUCUUUAGUUAGAUUCAAUCAAUGCAACUACGUCUAAGUUAUAUGUAGCAAGUCCAGUUUAGUGCAUUAGUUUUACAAUCCGUCUUCUAACGUUUAGUACAAUAUAGUUUAGCUAAAGCGAAGGGCCCAUAUAGCCGAGGCGGUAAACGCACGGGUAUUCAGCAUGACCAUGCUGAGGGUGACGGGUUCGAUUCCCGGUCGGUCCAGGAUCUUUUCGUAAAGGAAAUUUCCUUGACUUCCUUGGGCAUAGAGUAUCUUCGUGCCUGCCACACGAUAUACACAUGCAAAAUGGUCAUUGGCAGAGGAAGCUCUCAGUUAAUAACUGUGGAAGUGCUCAUAGAACACUAAGCUGAGAAGCAGGCUUUGUCCCAAUGAGGACGUUACGCCAAGAAGAGAGAGAGUUUAGCUAAAGCAUAGGUCGUGCUGACAUUAAUACUUUCCUUAGUAAUAGCUAUUGUUGAUUUUGAGAUUUGUUUCCCUUUAUCAAUAGAGUUUAUUCCAACUGAUGAUCUCAAAUGCAGCGCAGAAGCUUCUACAUCUAACGAUCAAUAGUUAAAACUUGUCAUCUACUGUGUUUGAGAUUUAUCCGCAAUAGGAAUUUUAAGUCGCAAAGCCAAAAGAAAAGGACAGCAUCGAGGCAAUCACUAUCGUUGUAAAAUAUCAGCAUUAAAAAUCAUCAAUCGUCAUCGAUCUGUUAGAAUUGACCGGUAAAUCACGUAGAGUAUUGCACUGUAAAAAAUGCUCACCUAAUUAGGAAGAGAUUACUAUAAAAUUAUGUUAACGUUAAGAAGGAAAGCCCAAUACGAAAGAAGAAAAGAGUCAAGGUACGUAGAUAGUUUAUGUAGAGAGUAAGCAGGCUCAAGGGUGACGAAUAAGGCAUGACGAAGCCAAUGUACGAGGAAUGGAAGAGUGAACCUGAUGCCCAGGAGAUUAUAUGAUUUCGUUUCCUCUAAAUAGUAAUAAUAAAUUAUAGUUAGAGACACCGAGCAUAAAUUUUACUGACCACCAUUGAGGUGUCAACUUCUGACUAUUUCCAAGCUAUAUCGGGUGACAUCGACGGAUGUUUUGUUAACACAGACUGCAUGUGUAGGAAGAAAGUAAAGUCAUGGCAGAGCGUCGCUUUAUACACUGGCAGCGCUUCUAAGAAGAAAAAUAAAGUAACACUUCACCUAAACAGGAAAAGAGUAUAAAAGGUAUAUAUACAUUACAUUAACAGAGAUUAAAAUCAGCAUCUUUCAAUGAAUUAAGUGAUAUUUUACUGUUGAUAUUGUUGAUUGAAAAGUGUAUUUAUUACAAUUAUUGCAGUUGAAACCAAAAAGAAGGCAAACCUAUCGAGCAGAAACGAUUGUUAAAGUGGUUUUGCAAAAUAAGCUAAUAUAUUAGAAAAAUAAAAACGGACACUUAGUGAAAGUCUGUGUUUCCAAAGAUAUUCUUACUCUAGCGAUCGAUUACCUAAAGACUCAGUUCAACAGAUCUGCAUUUCAGUUCUCAGAUGCAUCGGAUUAUAACAGAGUAAUCUACACUAUUUCUAGCGUGACAUGUAAAAAGGACCUAUCAUCUUUAUGGUAGACAAUACCACAUUUUCUUGAGUCGAAGCCAUAUCAAUCUAUAUUUAUGCAUACUGUUUCCAGCAUACUCUAGCGCUUCUAGAUUGGCAGAACCAUCAAAACCUUCGUUUACAGAAACCCGAUGGGUUCUUUUAUAUGUUACGCUAGGCACAUUUUAGCCCUCCGUCUCUUCCACACGAAACUGACUCUUGUGAAAAAGAAAGUUUAAAACAGCCAGGAUUUUACGCGACAUCUUUUACAAUACACUGAACACAAAACGACUUACAAAAGCAAAGGCUACAACAGCUUACUCGUUUCCAAAAAAAAAAAACAACAAGAAGGAAUAAACAAAAACUAAGUUUUAACUUUUCUAAGUGUGAUAUUUAUCUAUAUACAUAUAUACUAUAUAGACAUUACCAGAACAAAUAUAAUUAUAUUGCAUAUUGCAGACUUAUUGACUCUAUACAUUACCGAAAAAACGCAUUGAAAAUCACAAACACUAAAAAGAUCAUUAUUCGUGUUCGACCGUGUUACGAUUUAAAAUUUCAUUAAUUCAUAAAACAAAGUAUAUUUAAACCCAAAGUCAUAACCAAAAAGUGGAAACCAUCUCUAAAUGCUGACAUCAUUCGUCUACUCUAAACUGAAAUAACUCACCGUACAAAAGAAGCAAAGUUUUAAAAAAGCAUAGCAAAACUGCUAGGAAACCAACCACAGAAACAAAGGAAUAUACAUAUAUAUCGGUCAGUGCUCCGUAGGACUACAACUAUACAAAAUAGCUGGCACUCAAAACCGAACAGAAUCCAAGCCAGUGAUUAUUUCGAAACUAUAGUUAGAGUAUCUUUUCAAAUUUUCCUCCACUGAAACAAAAAAGCGCAUUUAAAUCUUCUAGGUGUCUGUAUAAAAUGAAACAAAAAUCAAGCAUAUGUAUAAUUACAUCUACCAACUUUAAGAGCGACAAAAAUGGAAAUCUAACGUAUAGUCACGAAGAAAAUCUUAAAUACUGUUAAGAUAAUGAAAACAUAGCAAACAAAUAAAAAAAAACCACAAACAAAAGAAAAUAAAGCAAAAACUAACACAGCAAAUAGAUGAGGAACCCGAUUACUGAGUGAUUAUCGAGGAACUAAACUAAAACUAGGAAUUAUUCAAUAAGAGCACUGAAGAACGUCUCCCCGAAGGGAAAGCGAACAACAUUACCCGAACUCUAGUGAUCAACCGCAGCAGCAACUAUCUUGGUAAAGAAAACCCAGAGGCAACAAACGAAAACCAGAAUAGUUGAACUACUUCGAAUAAGACUAGUGAAAAAAAAAGAAGAAAAGAAAUACGGAAUAAAUAGAACAGUUGAAUCGGAUGUUUAAACACAUUAAUACGAAUCGUGGCCACUCGUGAAACCUGCCCCAAAACGAUCGAAUCCAGUGUCUAAAGAGUGGUGGUGAGUUUAUGGGGUUGCAAUGUUGUGGAGUUAGUGAUGAAAGAGAAUGAAAUCUAUAAAUGCAAUAAAAUGAA